GGAAUGGAUGAAAAAAAUGAUCACCCAGCAGCCAAACCUGAAGAUGAACUAAGUGUAGCCAGCAUCUCAGUCCAAAUGGUAGCUGCAGAAGAUAAAUUGGUAAAGAGGAUUCUGUCAAGGAAGAAACAUGACAAACUGAAACUGAAGAAGAAAGUUAAGCUAAUAUGGAAUUUUCAAAACAAAAUAAUUCUCUUCACCCUCAUUCUAUUUAUUUCAGGAGCUGUAACCUGGACAUUACUGUGGCUCUUCUUUGUUCAGGCAGAAAACAAAGACGCAUUGUAUUUUGUUGGACUGUUACGUGUUGCCAACAUAGAGUUUGUCCCAGAAUACAGGCAGAAGGAGUCAAAAGAAUUUCUCUCCGUGGCACAGAAUGUGCAGCAUGUGAUUAACUCAGUCUACACAACCUCCUCUUUCUCCAAAUUUUAUAAGCAGUCUACAGUUUCUGAAGUCAGUAACAACAACAAUGGAGGCCUCUUUAUUCAUUUCUGGAUCGUAUUUGUGGUACCACAGGCAAAACGCCAAGUGCUGUGUGAGGAUUGUGUGGCUGCCAUUUUAAAGGAUUCCAUUCAGACAAGUAUCAUUAACCGAACCUCAGUGGGAAGUCUUCAGGGCCUUGCAGUCGACAUGGAUUCCAUUGUACUAAGUGCAGGUCUUCGGUCAGAUUAUUGGUCAACAACAGGAACAGGAACAAAUUGUAUGUAUGAUCUGUAUGCUGAUCGCCUACAGGAGCACUUUCCUCUGGAUAUUCAUGCGACCUCAGUGGAGACAAUCUGCUAUUUUAAGCUAAUUGCACCUGUUGGCCAUCUUGUUCGUCUCUCCAUAACAUCCCUUCAGAUUGAAGCAGAUAACUGCAUCACUGACUCCCUAGUGAUUUAUGACUCUCUGAUGCCGAUCAAACAUAAGAUAUUGUACCGAGCUUGUGAACCAGCUGAUUCAAUGGGUGUCACUUGUGUCCACAAAACAAAUCUCAUGCUGGUAAUGUUUAUAAGGCCAGCACAAAUAAAGGAACAUAAGGAAUUCCAUGGCAAUUUUGAGAUUAUUACACAAGAAAAGUGUGGAAAAACAGUAGUGACUAAGGAGAAAAUUGGCUAUGAAGGGGAAAUCACAAGUCCUUAUUAUCCAAGCUAUUAUCCUCCAAAAUGUAUUUGUGUAUGGAUCUUCCAGACUCCACAGAAGAGCCUUGGUAUAGCUUUGAAGUUUCAUAACUAUGCUAUCAAUGAGAAGAAUAUAAAAGGCUGUGAGCGAGGAUGGUGGAAAAUUAAUGAACACAU